GCCAGUCCUCCUCAGCCGAGGGGCCCUCCGCCCGGGGCCGCCCCGGGUUCCGCCAGCACUGGCCACGCCAUUUGCUCCACCGCGUUCCAUUUUCCCGGCGCUUCCCGUCGGCCGAGCGCUCUUAGGCCGGCAGCUCCUCGGCGGCCGCGGGCUCGGCCUGUCUCGGACGGUGUCCUCGUCAACCAUUAACACGCGACUAAGCAGCUCUGGGCCGAAGGCAAAAACCGGGGUUUCGAUCCCUACCCUGCCGCCGCCGAGUCAUCUUGGACAAAUCACUUAAGAAUUCGGGUUUCCCCCUUUGCAAAAUGGCAAUAGCCCAGACCCUGCAGGUCCCGAGAGCCCACCGAAUCUCACUCCUUCUGGUCCUUGGCAUCGAGCUUUCCCUGUGCCUUGUUCACGUGGGCGAUCAUAAGUCUUUUCCUACAGGGCUAAUGAGGAAAUUGAAGCAAUGGCAGCCAUUUAUGGCGAGGAGUGGUGUGUCAUUGAUGACUGUGCCAAAAUAUUUUGUAUUAGAAUUAGCGACGAUAUAGAUGACCCCAAAUGGACACUUUGCUUGCAGGUGAUGCUGCCGAAUGAAUACCCAGGUACAGCUCCACCUAUCUACCAGUUGAAUGCUCCUUGGCUUAAAGGGCAAGAACGUGCGGAUUUAUCAAAUAGCCUUGAGGAAAUAUAUAUUCAGAAUAUCGGUGAAAGUAUUCUUUACCUGUGGGUGGAGAAAAUAAGAGAUGUUCUUAUACAAAAAUCUCAGAUGACAGAACCAGGCCCAGAUGUAAAGAAGAAAACUGAAGAGGAAGAUGUUGAGUGUGAAGAUGAUCUCAUUUUAGCAUGUCAGCCGGAAAGUUCGGUUAAAGCAUUGGAUUUUGAUAUCAGUGAAACUCGGACAGAAGUAGAAGUAGAAGAAUUACCUCCGAUUGAUCAUGGCAUUCCUAUUACAGACCGAAGAAGUACUUUUCAGGCACACUUGGCUCCAGUGGUUUGUCCCAAACAGGUGAAAAUGGUUCUUUCCAAAUUGUAUGAGAAUAAGAAAAUAGCUAGUGCCACCCACAACAUCUAUGCCUACAGAAUAUAUUGUGAGGAUAAACAGACCUUCUUACAGGAUUGUGAGGAUGAUGGGGAAACAGCAGCUGGUGGGCGUCUUCUUCAUCUCAUGGAGAUUUUGAAUGUGAAGAAUGUCAUGGUGGUAGUAUCACGCUGGUAUGGAGGGAUUCUGCUAGGACCAGAUCGCUUUAAACAUAUCAACAACUGUGCCAGAAACAUACUAGUGGAAAAGAACUACACAAAUUCACCUGAGGAGUCAUCUAAGGCUUUGGGAAAGAACAAAAAAGUAAGAAAAGACAAGAAGAGGAAUGAACAUUAAUACCUGAAACUAUAGGAAAGGUUAAUUUGCCUAUAAUUAUAUAUACAUUCCAUAGUCAUCAAGGAAUAUAUUGUGCAGAGAGAGUAUCCUUGACUGCUCAAGUCAGCCAAUUCAGCAUGGAUACCAACAUUAGCUUUUCUUCUUUGGUUAUAUCAUCUGCCAAAAAUAGAGAACUUAUGAUCUAUUCAUGUGUGUUUCAGGCUUAUUUGGGAGAACUAAUUUGAACUUAAUCACCACUUCAUCUAAUUUUAGCAAGGUAACAGUUUCCCAGGGCAGUACCUGAAUUAACUGUCCAUUUCAGUACAUGUCAAGUGCCUUUGUUAGGUGGAGAAGAAAUGUCUCUAGAGGAAUAUAAAUACCUGAUUUCUUGUCAUCGAGAUUCUUGUACUGUUAAAUGAAUAUUGCCUUUUACUGCUCUUUAUGGCUUAUUGGAAUAGGAGCUCAUUUAAGAUUGAUCUUGGAGAGUUUCUUCUUGUGAUUUUAGUUCAUAAGUAUGUCACCUUUCAUUUUAUAGUGUUCAUCAUUGAGUAAUGGAUUAAGUGAAAAUCCAGGAGUAUCCAUCUGCAGUUAUGUGCUGAGGUGAUAAUUCAUCCAACAUAUUUGUUAGCAUAAAUAUUAUGCUUCAGUUUCUGUUGCAAAUUGGUGAUUGUGAAAUUUCAGAAAGUGAUUUUCUAGUCUGCUUUUUUUGUUUAAUUCUUGUAAUGUAAGCAAUAAAUAUGGAGUGUCAGUAGUCUCCUUCCACCCCAGAAAUGUGUUGGUGUAACAUUCUCGUUUCUUUUAACAACCUGGAAGUACCUUUCUUGUGAUCUUCACUGAGGAAUUAGAACUAUGAUAGAAGUUAGGCUGUGGCGAAUGGGACAUUCGUAGAGUGGGAUGGAGGUGGCAGAAUGACCCUGGUGUAGGGCAGGAGUAUGUUGUGUAGUUACAUCAAUUUGAUGCAUACUUUCCAUCUGCACUCCAGGCAGCACUCCACUCAGUUCCAAGAUUUUGCAGAGAGAAGGAGCAAACCUUUUCACUGGAAAAACAGAAACAACCCUCCCCCCCAUUUUUUUCCCCUCUAUUCAUCAAACCUUUAUGUAUCUUUCAUCUUCCAGUUACCUCUAGGCAUUUAGAUAGUGAAAUUUACCUUUGAGAUAUAACAAUAAGUGAUUAACUGUUCACUUUCAGAUGUAAUGGCAAACAAUUGUUAAAAGUUAUUAACUGAUCACAGAUUUGCCUGGACUUCCCUUCCCAGGGAGGGAACAGAAGUUAGGAGGCAACUUUGGGAUGGUGCUAGAGCAUGGAAAGCACAGAGAAUUGGACAAACAGGUCUUUUUCUCUUUUCUCUGAUGUUUUACCUUUAAAAGAUCCAACAUCCUUACCGUUGGUAUUUUUAGUAAGGUUAUAGUAAAUAGCUUUACACCAGGAUGGAUUCUGAAAUAUAAAUUCUAAAUUAUAUUUGUUAUAACUAUAUUUUAUGUUGUAUGUUAUCAAGAGCCAUCAGAGAAUGACCUUUUUGUGUUUGGAACACUUGGUUCCGUGAAAAGUAUGCUUUGUGUUUUAACUGUUAAAAUAAUUUAAAAAUUAAUUAUUUUACAUAAUUAAAGAAGUUAAAAACUAUUAACAUUAAAUAAUUUCACAAUUUCAACAUGUCAAACCUAUGAAGGGAGAUAGGAAACAAUGAGAAACUUACUUUUGCUCCUUUAUACAGAAUUAUUAACUAUAUUUUACUAACUAAAAAACUCUAGUAUUCUUUACCUAAAGUCAAUUGGCUGGUAAGAGGGAGAGAUGCAAAAUUCUCCAGUUCUGAACUUGGAGCUAUUUCACACUCUACUCUUAAUGGAAACUUGAACUAAUGAUAGAUAGUAUUUUUUUCCUCUAUUUAAAAUUUUUGUCUUGAUUAGGAGAUUUUUCAGUUCUCCAUAUAAUAAUUUUCUACAAUCAGAUCUAUGCUGUGGCAUAUUUUGCUUUAUUUAAAAAAUUUUUUUUUAGAGAUGAGUUCUUGCUCUGUCACCUAGGCUGGAGUGCAGUGGCAUGAUCAUGGCUCACUGCAGCCUUGACCUUCAAGCCUGCCAAGUAGCUGGGAUUACAGGCAUGUGCUAUUACACCUGGCUAAUUUUUAAAGUUUUUUGUAAAGAUAGGGCUUUCUGUGUUGCCCAAGCUCGUCUUGAGCUCCUGGCCUCAAUCGAUCUUCCUGCCAAGGUAUUGGAAUUACAGAUGUGAGCCACCAUGCCUGGCCUGCUUUGACAUAUUUUAUAGUGUGUUAAUUACAAAUAGUCUUCAUAUGCCAGAAUAUAAGAGCAAGUGUUAUCUACUUUUUAGAUGGGAAUUGCAGAAGCUGCAUCAAAAGUAUGCUUUGAGGUAUAUAUAGUGAAACAGAGCCUUUCUGAAGAGAAUUAUAUCAAACUAAUUACAACCAAGAAAUAAUAGUAUGAAGCGGAUACUGUUUGGAGGACAGGAAAAUUUAUUGGGAAAAUUACAUAAUCCCUCUGAUUCCGCUAUCCAGAGAUAGCCAUUAUUAUUAAUAUUUGGUAUGUACAUCCUUAUAUUAUUUUUUUCUUAUGCGUGAUUUUGUAUAUAUGGUUAUUUUUCUUUCCAUAAAAAUGGUAUUAAACUGUAUAUACUGUUUUGUAGCCUACAUAUUUCAUAUAGAAGUAUAUUGUUAACAUUUUCCAUGUCAAUAAAUAUUCUUCUAUGGCUUAAA